AUAUCAUUUUAAGCCGCAGUCACAGCUUAGAUGAAUAUAUGUCCGAUAAUGGAUUCAUGGCGAAUGGUGUAUUACUAGUCGAUAACUGCUAGCUUCAGCAGCUUACAGUAGCUGUUGCUGUGGGACUAGACCGCCGUGCACCCUAACUCUACAGUACUAAACUAACUAAUAUAGUGUACAAGCAUAACUGAGCAGCGUGUAGCAACAGACCUGUCUUAACUGUAACUGUAUUGUUACUGGUAGCAGUUGCUAAGCACCCUACCUGCUUGGGCUAAUGCUAGCUAGGUGUGCCAUAUGGUGAAGCUGAGUCAGAGGUGAGUGGCUGGACGAUAUGAAGUGAAGGAACCUGAAAUGGCUAAAAUCAACCUUCAGUUUGACCUGCUGUGAUAAAGAAGCAAACAAGCCAGAAAUGGAGGACACCUCCCAGAAACCUGCAACAACAGAGCCGAGUCCUAAGCACAGUCCAGCACCUAGUCCGGCACCCAGUCCUGUUCCCAGCCCAAUGUUGGAGAGAAUCGCUCUUCCUACCACGAAUCAUGUUGAGCAUCUAAACAUGAACCAGAUCCAGAUGGUGGUACGGCGCUGCUCAACUCCAAACGUGACAGAGGAGACCACCUAUUUUAUUCCUCGCAACCCUGUGGUGGAUGCUUGCACCAACACUGACCCACCAGUGGUCUGCUGUCCGCUGCUGCACAGGUUUUGCCCUUGUCCGCCACGAGGCCUCCUUGCCUCUCUUAUUACCAAAGUUCUUUUGGCAGCUGUGCUCUUUGGCGUUGUUUGGUCCAUCACAGAAGACGAAUGUCUUCCUGGAGGAAACCUGUUUGGCAUCACCAUACUCUUCAUCUGUGCGCUCAUCGGUGGCAAAGUAGUCGCCCUCAUCCGGCUGCCUAAACUUCCACCAUUUCCACCACUCCUUGGUAUGCUGCUGAUGGGCUUCCUGCUGAGAAACAUCCCAGUUGUAACAGAUGGGGUAUACAUUAACUUCAGAUGGUCAUCGUCUCUGAGAAACAUUGCUCUCGCCGUCAUCCUGGCCAGAGCUGGCCUGGGGUUGGAUCCCAAGGCUCUGAGGAAGCUCAAAUCUGUCUGUGUACGUGUAGCAGCUGGGCCCUGCUUGCUCGAGGCCUGCACCGUAGCACUCAUCUCUCAUUUCCUCAUGGGUUUGCCCUGGGUGUGGAGCUUCAUUCUUGGCUUUGUUCUGGGUGCCGUGACUCCAGCCGUGGUGGUACCCUCGAUGCUCCUGCUGCAGAAGGACGGAUACGGUGUGGAACAGGGCAUUCCCACCCUGCUGAUGGCGGCUGGGAGCUUUGACGACAUUCUUGCCAUUACAGGGUUCACCACAUGCUUGGGCAUGGCCUUCGCCACAGGAUCCACUUGGUAUAACCUCCUGCGAGGUGUCCUGGAGGUUGUAGGAGGGAUGGUUGCUGGGAUCCUUCUUGGCUUUCUCAUUCAGUACUUUCCAAGUGUUGACCAGAAGCACCUGGUGAUGAAGCGUUCCUUCUUGGUGCUGGGUCUGUCUGUCUUUGCUGUGUUUGGCAGUGGUGUGGCAGGCUUUCCAGGCUCUGGGGGCCUUUGCACCCUGGUGUUGGCAUUCCUGGCUGGCCUUGGCUGGGGACCAGAAAAGGUACGUGUGGAGGAGGUGGUUGGGUGGGCGUGGGACGUGUUUCAGCCGCUGCUAUUUGGACUGAUAGGAGCUGAGAUUCGAGUCUCUGAGCUGGAGGGACUUGCAGUUGGUCUGGGUAUAGCCACCUUGCUCAUUGCUUUGGUGGUUAGAGUACUCUUCACCUUUGUGUGUGUGUUACGUGCGGGCUUCAACUUAAAGGAAAAAGUGUUCAUAGCUCUCGCAUGGAUGCCCAAAGCAACAGUGCAGGCAGCAAUAGGCUCCACGGCUUUAGACAUGGCCAGAACAAAAGAUGACAAGCAGCUGCAGAAGUAUGGCAUGGAUGUGCUCACUGUGGCCGUGCUCUCCAUCCUUCUCACGGCCCCGGUAGGGGCUCUGAUUAUCGGGCUCUGCGGGCCUCGCCUGCUGCAAAAACCAAAGGCCUUAGCCUGUGGUGAGCGAGUCAAACCCAAUUUAUCAGCAUUUUUUUUAGGCACUACAGCAGGAAGUGAAGAUGACACUGAAACUCCCGUCACCUUCGAGAGUACGCUCUGACGUCUUGAUCUAAUGAAGAGGACUCGAACCUCAGUUGUUUCAGCUGUUCAUCAGCCACUGAGUGGCUUCCUUGCUGCUCAACUCCUGAUGUUGGAAUCAGUCUGUAUUUAUAGCAGCAGGUGGUUUCCAGGCGCCGGGCUCCACAUUUCCCAUGCCCUCUGUGUGCACUGUCAUGCUGUAUGAACUUUAUACCAGAGCUAGUUCUGUGUCAAGCUUGAACCAGACAUUUAUUUAAAUAUUUAGUAUUAGCAACCAAACGGUUUACAUUUUUAUAAUGGGGGAAAUAUUUUCUGUCAUAUUCAAAGUAUUAAUUGAUUUUUAUUUAUUUUUUUGUUAUCAAUUUCCAGUUGAGUACUUAGACUGAAUAGGUAGUGCUUAAAAUGUUCUUGUGGGGGUGUAUGUGAUUGAAUGUAUUGUUAGAGGAAGUGUUUUGAAUAGCCAUCCAGAAAGGUUUUUUUUGUAGUUCUUACUCAUUUUAAUGCUAUAUAACUUUGUUGUUUUUGUAUAAUGUUUAUGCCAUUAGCUGUGUGUUUGAGGAGAAUUUUUGAUUUAGUUUUUAUAAAUCUCAAGAGGAAUUGCUAUUCUGCUCUUAGAUUUAUACAGAAUGCUUCUUAAACUCUUACAGUAUCACAGUGUGGUCUAAAAUCCAACAUCGGCUAUUAUGUAUUUCUGCGCUUUUAGAAGUACAAACUAAUUUUACAUAUGCAGUGAAAUAUGCAGUGUAAGUUGUUUUUAAUUUGUUUACAUCUUCAUGGCAUAAAUGGCAAUGUUGUAAAUUAAGAGACCAUGAUUAAUUCGCAGCAUUAGAUUUUUAACAAUAAACAAAUUUGCAAAAAGA